AACGAGAGGAGGAUUGUGAUUACUUUUACCAUUAGAUUGGUUUCAGACAGCUAGCUGGAGUAUGUUCUCAAGGCUCUCUCACACAGACACAAUAUUUACAGUUUAAUCACUGGCGGUAACCUUUGGCUGAUAGAAGCAGCCAAACUGCAAAUCAGCAACAGCGGGCAACAAUUGAACUUUAGCCACAGAUCCGGAGAGUGCAGAACGGCUGAACAGAGCGGCAGCGAUGGCAGCACCGAGUCCCUGCAUCGUCCUCUUCAUCCUGGCGCUGGUCGUCCCCGGCAUCUCGGCAGGCCGCUGUAACAUGACUGGGACCUGGUGGAACGUCCUUGGCUCCACCUUCUAUCUGAGCGAGGCCGAGAACAGCAGCCUGAGAGGCCGCUAUCAGACAGCAGUGGAGGCGGCGGCGGGAGAGGCCGGGCCCGAUGGACUCGCUCCCGUGAUCGGCAUCAGGCACAGUGGCAGGGAGCCCACUUUCAGCAUGUCCACGGUGUGGGCGGGAGGCUCCAUUACCUCCUGGGUGGGUCAGUGUCUCAUGCAGGAGGAUGGGAACCAGGUUCUAAAGACCAUGUGGCUGCUGAGAUCUCCGGUCGCCAGCCUAGAGGAGGACUGGAAAUCAACAAGAGUUGGACAAGAUACUUUCUACCGAAUCGCGAAAGAUGUCCUGUCAAAUGAUGAGCUUCAAUCUCUCAAACCUUAGUACCAACACAUUGGUAGUCUUUUCAAUAAAGCAAAGUGUUUCAGUGUG